AUGUUCAACUGCUACGAGAAGUACGGGCAGGUCUAUGGUCACAGCUUCACUCCCUGCCGAAACUGGCCCGACGACCCCGAAUGCAACGCGAUGCUCCUUCCCGUCCCCCUCACUCCAGACAUUUACCGUGUCAUGUCGUGCGACAGGUGUAUCAAGACUAGCUCCAUCUGCAACCUCCCCGGCAUCCGCGUACGCCUUACGGAGAACGGCAAUGCCGUCCGUAUUAACAUUGACCGCAAGGACGUCAACCCCGACGGCUCGCCCGUCAUUGUGCAGACUGUCCCGCGCUCUCCGCCGAGCAUCAAGGUCAUCCGCCGCAAGCCCGUCCCAAACCGGGGCUUUGUGGAGGUACCCGGAAGUCCGACCAGUACCGAAUUCUCGUCUGGGUUGUUGUCGUACACGCAGAGCAGCACUGGUACCUUUCUCAAGCCGGGGAGGGUGGUCAUUAGGGCAGAUGUCCACAACAAGCUUUCGGAGCUGGCCCCGCCCACCCCGCCCAUCACCCCGGCGCGGACGCCGCCCAUCACCCCGACCCGGACGCGACCGACGGUUACCACCGGCUUUUCCAACCCCAUCAGCCCGUUUCCCGGUGGCGCUUCGCCUUCAUGGUUCAAGCCGAGCUCUACCCCGCUCAACGACUCACCGGGCCACCAGUACACCAGGGCCCGGAUGAGUGUUCCCAAGUUUGUAGAACCCGACUCGUUGGUCGAGAUUCUGAUUCCUCCGGGAGAGGAGAGCGAGCAGUAUUCCAAGUACCACAAGAGGAGCCGCAGCUUGGAUCCUGACCACCCUGUAACUCCGUCCACCACUCCUCGUCGACAUCUCCUUGCCCCAUCGACAGACACUGCUCUAUACACGUCCUACACACUACCUACGCAUCACCAGCCGACCAGAGAGCCCCCACAACUUGUCCCGUUCAUUCGCGUCCCUGGUAGCGCCAUGCCCAACACCCCCAUCCCCGACAUUCCGGGCGUGCUGCUCGAGGACCCAGAGACCCGGCACCACCUCAACCAGCAUGUCGCUGGCCUGUGUGGUCUGCAGGGAGAGAAGUUCCCCGGAUCGCAGCCCGUGUCGUUCUCGAGCGGGUCGCUCGACCUUUUGGAGAAGAAGGAUUUCUGGGUGUGCGAGAAGUCGGACGGCGUGCGCGUCCUCCUGUUUGUCGUCAUGAAUGGCAUGUCCGGUAACCAGGAGUGCUGGCUUAUCGACCGCAAGCAGCGCUACUUCUUCCAAGACGGCCUCCACUUUACGCACUGGGAGCGGGUGGAUGACCCCCUGACCGACACUGUUCUGGAUGGCGAGCUCGUCAUUGACAUUGACCCGCGUACCGGCGUUGAGACACUGCGAUACUAUGCCUUUGACUGUCUCGUCCUCAACGGCGAGAACGUCAUGAAGAAGCCCAUCGUCAAGCGCUUUGCCCGUCUGCGAGACUGGGUUAUUAAGCCUCUGAAGAAGGCACUGCAGCGUUUCCCAGAGUGGAAGGAGCAGAUGCCCUUCGAGGUCGUGGCCAAGGACCAAGAGCUCUCGUACCACAUUUCGCAGGUUCUCAACGUCCACGUCCCCAAGCUCCAGCACGGCCACGACGGUCUCAUCUUUACGUGCGCCGAGUCGGAAUACCUCCCCGGGACCGACGACAAGAUUCUCAAGUGGAAGCCGCCAAGUGAGAACUCUAUCGAUUUCCGCAUCGAACUUCGCUUCCCCCCUCUUCCAAACGAUCCCGAGGAGUGUGACUGGUUCGCCAAGCCCGCCUUCUUGCUCAACCAGUGGGCUGGUGGCGAUCGCUACGAGUACUUUGACGAGAUGGAGAUUGAUGACGAUGAAUGGGAGCAGAUGAAGGAAUCUGGAGAAGAAUACGACAACCGCGUGGCCGAAGUGUGCUGGGACAUGGACCGUCAGGCUUGGCGAAUGCUGCGUUUCCGCGACGACAAGCCUCACGGCAACCACAAGUCGAUCGUGGUCAAGAUCCUGCAGAGCAUCGAGGACGGCGUGGAGAUUGACGCUGUGCUCUCCCGCGAGACCAGCAUUCGCAAUGCUUGGAAGCAGCGUGAGAUGGACCGUCGCGCCGGACCACCCCCUGCCGCCCAGCAGCGCCGCCCUGCCCCUCCCCAGCAGCAGCACUCAUCGUCUGGCAGCAAAAUGCAGGCUGGCGGCCCAUCGCAGGGUGUGAUGGUUGGCCUGAAGCGCUGA